CAUCCCUAUUCACUGCCAAUGCGUCACCGUUUUCAGCCACAACCCGAGAGGAAGAUGCGUCGUCUUCAGGCCUCUGAAGUUUCCACGCAGUGCUCCGAGAAUCAUUUGCAUGGCGGAACCGUACUUGAUAACGAAACUGGAGUCCGCUGAGAAGACAUGGAAAGAGUUAUCGGUCAAGCUAGCUGAUCCAGAUGUUGUCUCAAAUCCCGAUGAAUACCAAAAGCUGGCGCAGUCUAUGGCAGAGCUUGAUGAGGUUGUAUCAACCUUCAGAAGAUUCAAGGAUUGUGAGAGACAAUUAGAAGAGACUAAAGCUCUGAAAGAUGAUAGCAAUGAUGAAGAUAUGGCAGAGAUGAUAGAAAAUGAAGUAAAUUCUUUAUCAAAUGAACUGAAAGAACUUGAGCAGAAAUUUAAGGUUAAUGUUUUAUAUCAUAUACAGGGUGGUUUACUGUCUUCUGUCAGAAUGUUUCAUUCAAUUUCUAGUCACAUCAAGGUACUACUCCUUCCUAGUGAUCCGCUUGAUUCAAGAAAUAUCAUGCUUGAAGUGAGGGCCGGCACUGGUGGGGAUGAGGCUGGACUAUGGGCUGGUGAUCUUGUCUCCAUGUAUCAGAAGUACUGUGAGCGGAAUGGUUGGAAAUAUACAUCAAUUUCGAGUUCUGAGGCUGAGAAAGGAGGAUUCAAAACAUAUGUCAUGGAGAUCAAAGGGAAUCGCGUUUACAGCAAACUUAAGUAUGAGGCUGGCGUUCACCGGGUUCAACGUGUACCUCAAACAGAAACACAGGGUCGUGUACACACUUCUACUGCUACUGUGGCCAUCAUGCCGGAGGCUGAUGAAGUAGACGUGGUAAUCGACCCAAAGGAUAUUGAACUGACGACGGCAAGAUCUGGUGGUGCCGGAGGACAAAAUGUCAACAAGGUGGAGACAGCUGUUGAUCUUUUCCAUAAACCAUCAGGCAUCCGGAUUUUUUGUACUGAAGAAAGGACCCAACUUCGAAACAAAAAUCGUGCUUUCCAGCUGCUGCGAGCAAAAUUGUAUGAAAUAAAAGUAAGGGAGCAACAGGAGUUGAUAAGAAACCAACGAAAAUCACAGGUUGGUACUGGUGCUCGUGCAGAAAAAAUUAGGACCUACAAUUACAAGGACAAUCGGGUUACUGACCACCGGCUAAAGAUGAACUUUGAGCUCACAUCUUUUCUUGAAGGGGAUAUAGAGAAUGCAGUUCAGUCUUGUGGUACCAUGGAGCAAAAGGAACUUCUUGAAGAACUUGCUGAGUCUGUAGGGGCAACUGCUGGCUGAUUCUAAGUUUCCAUAUCUGUGACAAUUUGAUCGGAACUUCCAGAAUGCCUAAAUGAACAGAGACAUAGUUGCUGCUUGACAAAUGGACAGAUGUUCACUGCCAUGGUUGAUGUAGUCUUCACAGAUAUGCUGUUUACUUACGCAGCACCCACAAAUUUUGACAACUAGGCAAAUGUGAUUGUAUUUCAGGCUACAUACAUAAAUAUAUAUAUCUUAUCUCCGGCCAACCUACCAAGGAGGCCCCUGGUUGCCACUCCAACUGUAAAUUUGUUCUGAAUUUGAAUCAAGAAAUGGCUACAGAUUAUCCUAGUUAGCCUGUGUGGUUCUGGGUUGAAUCAGUUUCUUUUGAAUUCUGAAAUUGGAGUUUGAAGUUGUAUUUUAGAAGAAAAAUUUGCUGAAUCCGCCACGAUGAUAAUGAAAA